CAUCUUGUUUGUGUUGUGAUUUAUGAAAAAGCGAGUGCAGUCGUGGAAAAAAUCAAAACAAACUGAAAACGAUUAAGUUUUAAUACAAAAUAUUAAACAAUAAAACAUAAACCAAAAACUGGCUAUGCGAAAAAAUGCCUAAUUAGUUUUUAUUUAACUUUCAGCCUAGAAGUGAACAUGAGUUUGUGUUUCGGUGUUCUAUCACUUUUAAUUUUAUUUCCUGCACUUGUGGAUCUAUUGAAUAAUGGCUUAGCCCUGAAGCCUCCGAUGGGGUGGCUGUCGUGGGGCUACCACGAGUGCCAGGUUGACUGCAAAAAUACUACAGUCAGAUGUUUGGAUGAAAGUCUAAUAAUGUCAGUAGCAGAUCACUUGUUCAACGACGGCUACAUUGAAGCCGGCUACGAGUAUGUCAUCAUAGAUGAUUGCUGGUCAGAGCCACAGAGGAAUGAGUUCGGACAACUUGUGCCAGACAGAGAGAGGUUCCCGCGAGGGAUGAAGUUCUUGGCUGAUUAUAUACACUCAAAAGGCCUAAAGUUUGGCAUGUACACAAGCCUGGGCACCUACACUUGUAAAGGGUACCCGGGGAUCAGAGAUCACUUCGAUAUUGACUCCGCAACCUUCGCCAGCUGGGAUGUAGACUUCCUUAAAGUGGACGGGUGUUUUAUUAAAGCGGACUAUUUGAAUACAGGGUACAUAGAUUUAAGCCGCACUCUUAAUAAAACGGGUCGCCCGAUUCUGUACACUUGCAGUUGGCCGUAUUACAUACAGUUUAUAGAGAAUAAAAUGGUAAACUUUGAGCCUAUAGUGGAGCAUUGCAAUCUGUUUCGUACGUAUCACGAUAUUUUCCACACUGCGGGAAACAUUUACCACACUGUCAAGUUUUUCGAAAGUAGCUACGAUUUGAUGAAGAAGUACCACGGACCAGGUCAAUGGUUUGAUCCAGACAUGCUCCUUGUAGGCCGAGGGUUGAAUCCAACGAAAGGAAUUGACUCAUUCGGCUGGCUGCGUUUACAAAUGGUAGUCUACGCCAUGUUGCCCGCUCCGCUACUGAUCAGUUGCAACCUCGACGCUAUCAGUCAAAAAGAGAAAGAACUGUUACUGAAUAAAGACUUGGUAGCCAUCAACCAGGAUAUGAUGGCAGUGCCGGCUCAGCCGUUUGCUAUAGACCCGUUCCUAACCAUUUGGGUGAAGCCCCACGAACCUAAAAAGGGCAACAUGAACCCAGCUUGUUCGUUCGCCGUCGUCAACUUCCAUUUCCGUGACGUCACUAUCCCCUUCUUUCUGCACAAGUAUGCCGUCUGUGAACCGUUCACUAGGAGGUAUUCUGUGAUGGACGUUUUGAACAGAACAUUCUUGAAAAACAUAACAUCUCGGGAACCGAUACAUGUGACUGUCCCAUCCAGUGAUGCAGUAGUGUACACACUGUUUCCUCUGUGAUAAUAAUAAUAAUACAACAUGAGGAUGUGAACUGUUUCAAUAUGACAUGUAAU